AUAGGUAGAAAGCCAAAGAAAUUUCCAAGCUUUUAUUUUCAUCAAAUAUAAUUUACUGGAAAAAAAUUGCCUAGCAUGAAACAAGAACCUCUGCAUCUUCGUUACUCAUCAAAGAAAAUUUCAUCUUUUGCUAAACCCGUUGUGUACUUCCUCUGUCUCCUUUUAGCCUACUUGCUGGGUUAUCUAUCUAGCUCCACGCACAACAAUAACAAGCCACCCGAUCAUAUAAAUACUAUGGUCGACCAUGUAAACGCGGUUAAUGUAAUUAAUCACGCAACAGAAUUAGGCGACCACAGUGAUUUCGGGGCGGUAUGUUGUGAGGCGGUUCCGCCACAAGACAUCCGGCACAAAAUUCUGGAGCGUGUCUUUAAGGGAACAUCUCCAUGGGAGAAUUUCCCACCAUCACACGUGGACAAUCUCCUCAGGAAAAAGUGGAUCAAAGGAUGGGGAUCAAAAGGCGCCGUAUUCGAGAACUUAAUCCGGAGGGUCCGACCCAAGACCAUAAUUGAAGUAGGCACGUUUCUAGGUGCAUCUGCUCUUCACAUGGUCGAGCUGACCCGUCGAUUGGGACUCGACGGAACUCAAAUAAUCUGUAUAGAUGAUUUUCGAGGGUGGCCGGGGUUUUCAGAUCACUUGAGGAUGAAAGGCAUGAAGAUGGUGAACGGGGAUGUUUUGCUUAUGUAUCAAUUCAUGCAGAACGUGAUGGAAGCAAAUGCUACAGAGGCCGUAGUGUACAUGCCGUUCUCCAGUGGGUCAGCGUUAGAGAAACUUUGUGAGUGGGGGGUGUUUGGUGAGUUGAUUGAGGUUGAUGCAGGGCAUGAUUUUCACUCGGCUUGGUCUGAUAUAAAUCGGGCUUUUAAGCUGUUGAAGCCCGGUUCAAAUGGUGGAGUCAUAUUUGGGCAUGACUAUUUCACAGCGGCUGAUAACAGAGGAGUGAGAAGGGCUGUUAAAUUGUUCGCACGCGUUCAUAAUCUCACUGUUCAAGUUGAUGGCCAACAUUGGUUUUUCCAUAUUACGAAUCGUUUGUGAUCAUACCGUUAUCUUAAUGGAUCGGAUAAGCUAUUGCAAAUCAAAGUAAUUAAAUUGAACAUGUAUAGAAGUAAGAGUUACAUUUAUUUUGAAGCUAAUUGAGAGAUGUGUAUAUAUUAUAAUUGCUUU